GUCUACUCCACACUCUCCAUGUUGAAAGGGAGCAACUUCUCCUCCUGCCGCGUCCAGCCGUCCGCCACAGCCCGCCUGCUGCUCCCCACAGCCCCGCAGCCUCUCACCGUCCUGUGCUAUGACGCCAGACUGGGAUUUAAGCUGGAUAACAAGUGUUUGAUCGACGCAGAGUGAAGCAGGCUGCUCCAACAAAAGCCUCUGGAUGUGGUGUCUCCUGCGGCUCAGGUGAAAGAGGGCAAGCAGGUUGUCAGAAUGAAGGAGGAGAAUUUGUUCCAUCGGAGGUUUUCUCUGUGCCCGAAUGCUGUCUCCCCACCUAAAAUCGACCCCCGCACCCUCACCCGGAACCUGUCUUAUGGAGGAGACAACGACCUCUACAACCUCAGCGCAGGCAGUGAAACAGACAGGAACGGUCUCUCCAUGCUGAGUAAUGAACUUAGUCCUGCCCAAUCACCAGGCAGCAAGUCUGAGUCCAGGAUGUUUAAUGGUCUUGAGAAGGACUGCCCCUCCCCUACAGAAAAGCUGGCCCGGAAGGAGUCUCUUAAGGUCCAAAAGCAGAAUUACAGGCAAGAAAAGAAGCGGGCAGCUAAGGAACUGUUCAGCGCAUUAAAGGACCCCAGUGUUGUCAUCAUGUCCAACUGGUUAAAGAUCCGUGGCUCAUUAAAGAGUUGGACCAAGCUGUGGUGUGCACUAAAGCCAGGAGUUCUCUUGAUCUAUAAGACCCCUAAAACGGACCACUGGGUCGGGACCAUCCUGCUCAGCGCAUGCAAGCUGAUAGAAAGGCCCUCAAAGAAGGACGGCUUCUGCUUUAAGCUCUACCACCCACUGGAGAAAUCCAUCUGGGCUGUCAAGGGUCCCAAAGGAGAGAAUGUUGGCUCCAUCACACAGCCUCUACCCAGCAACUACCUGAUCUUCAGAGCAGCCUCUGAAUCUGAUGGCCGGUGCUGGAUGGAUGCCCUGGAGCUGGCUCUAAGCUGCUCCAGCCUUUACAAACUGACAGCCAAAGCAGGGAGAGAAGCCGAUAUCAGCACGUCUUCAGAGUCCUCACACAUACUCCACCUGCUGCAGUCAACGGCGCUGACAGACGCGGAGCUGCUACAGUUGAAUGACAGUGCGCUGCUGGGCAAUCACCACAUGGAGCAUGACGGUUUUUCUGACAAAUCGGAGCGUGAGGCUCAUGACGACUGGGACACCACAGCCAACGAGAACGGUGGAAGACUGACAGAGGAGAGUGACAUGGACCAAUCAGAUGAGCUGUCCCCUGGGCCACAGGCCACGGCCUACAUAGAACAGAGCACAGAGGAGAUGGCUGAGGCUGGAGAGGCAUCCCAGGUGGAGACUGUAUCAGAGGAGAACAAGGGUCUGAUCUGGAGUCUGCUGAAACAGUUGCGACCAGGAAUGGAUCUGUCGAAAGUGGUGCUUCCCACCUUCAUCCUGGAGCCACGGUCUUUCUUGGAUAAGCUGUCUGACUAUUACUAUCAUGCUGAUCUGCUUUCACAGGCUGCACUGGAGGAGAGUGCAUAUGGUCGGAUAAAGCAGGUGUUGAGAUGGUACUUGUCUGGCUUCUACAAGAAGCCUAAGGGUCUAAAGAAGCCUUACAACCCAAUCUUAGGGGAAACAUUUCGUUGUUGCUGGCUCCAUCCUCAGACCGACAGCUGCACAUUCUACAUAGCUGAACAGGUGUCCCACCAUCCUCCCAUCUCUGCCUUCUAUGUCUGCAAUAGGAAGGAUGGUUUUUCUAUCAGCGGAAGCAUCCUGGCCAAAUCCAAGUUCUACGGUAACUCUCUGUCAGCUAUUCUUGAUGGCAAAGCACGGUUGUUGUUUCUGAGCAGAGAUGAAGAGUAUGUCAUCACCAUGCCCUAUGCUCACUGUAAAGGUAUCCUGUAUGGCACAAUGACACUAGAGCUGGGUGGAAAGGUUACCAUUGAGUGUGAGAAAACAAAAUGUUUCAUAGAGCUGGAGUUUAAACUGAAGCCUUUCCUGGGAGGUUCAGGUUCAGUGAAUCAGAUCAGUGGGAAGAUCUCUGUCGGAGAGGAGAUACUGGCCACUGUUGAUGGACACUGGGACAGCGAGGUGUUCAUUCAUGAGAAACGCUCAGGCCUGCAGGAGGUGUUGUGGAACCCGGGUUCAGACAUCCGCAGCAGCCGCCUCAAGAGACAAGUGGUCCAGUUAGAACAGCAGGGACAGUUUGAGUCUGAAAGGCUGUGGCAGCAUGUGACCAGUGCGAUCAUGGAUCGGGACCAGCUCCGGGCAACUCAGGAGAAAUUUGUGCUGGAGGAAGCUCAGAGAAAAGAGGCCAGGGAGAGAGGAGACAAGCCCUGGAUCCCACGACUUUUCCACCAGGACCCUGUCACAUCCGAAUGGACCUACAAGCACAUAGACUUGCGGCCGUGGGACAAUGAGCACUGUCUGGUUCAGUUCGAGAAGGACGGAGUGAUUCAGACGCAUGAGAAAAGCCAGAGGCAACACAACGGACUGUCCUACAGCCACAGCUGGGCCAGCCAGCAAAAGGCUGAGCUGAAUGGAAAGCGCAGGAAGGCCAGCAGCCAACCGUCCAGCUGCAGCCAGAACACCGAGAGCAGCAGCACCACGCCAGAACCCACGCACGAGUCCUCAGACAAUGAAGGGUUUUCAAACCAGUGUGCACGGUGCAGUAAAGAGGUGAAGGACAUCGCUCUGAUCGAAGCCUCCAUCACAUCGAUACAGAAGACACAGCAGGACAUCCAAAGGAACCUGGUUGCUCUGAGUCGUCAGCUGGUCAGUCAGAGAGCGGCCAAUGACAGCUUGUCGUUGACGGGCCGUCAUUGCCUCAUCCUCUGCGUCCUGCUCCUUUCACAGCUCCUCCUCAACUAUGUCUUCACCUGAGCCCACUCCUCAGGGACCGGUUUCACUCUGACGCUGAUCUGGUAUCAGACCCCCCCCCCACCUCCCAUCCCCCCCUUUCCUGGAGCACACACCCCUAAUCAGCAACGGGAGAGGGAACCAGAUCUCAGAUCAGAGUCAGUGGUGCAACUCUGUCCCUUUGUUUCCUCAAAGGGGGCACAGACAUUAUAGCAAUAAACACAGCCACAGCCACCGCCUGUCAGUCAUCUGCAGAGAGGAACGGCACCCCCUAGUGUAGCCAGACUGAAACAGCACCGGCACCCACGCACUUUGGACAAGAGGAGGAGGAAGACAGAUAAGAAACAGCCGAAAAAAGAUUUAGAAUUUAAAAAAAAAAAAAAAAAAAGUUUGAGGACGAUGAAGGAUGAUUUUGUUAAACAUAAUGACAGAGAGGAUGUCUCACCAUUCCUUCGUGUCUUUUUAUAUUGCCCUGCAAUACUGUUUAUCUGUGAGUGUGCCUGUGUGUGUCGUCAUUACCUACUUGGGGCCCCGUGGCUGCAGGUAGAUCACCACUUGGACUUCUCCUACUCCCCUCCCACUCCAGAUUUAUGGGCCUUAACGCUGAAGCCAAAAAAAAGAAGAGAAAAAACAACGUAUAGAUGAAGAAAGAAAUAUCUUCCAACAGUGCAAUUCUGUGUGUUUUGUAUCGACGUACGCUCAAAAACACCCUGUCUCGUCUUUUAAUGAUGAUGAAGAUGAUAAUGAUGGUGAUUUUACCAAAACAGUAUUUAUAAUCCGAAAAGACAAAGAGUACUUGUUUACACGGAGCACCGUAUGUGUUCAUAGUGACACACAGAAGAAGGGAUACUAAAUGCGAGGCAGGGCAGAGAGCCAAACAGAGUGUCUUUGUAUUUGUGUGCCUGUAGUGCUGGAACAGAGGGAAUAAUCGCAUAGCACUGCUCUGGUCUAGACCAUGACACUAGUGUGUACAAUCAGUUAGAUAGAGAAGCAGUGAGCGGAGGAAGGGACGAGGGAGCCAUGAUUGAAUAUGAAUAUAUGAGUGGAAAAAAAUGAACUACCUUGGCCUAAUAGACAUCUUGGUCCACACCAUGUUCAAGUGACUGUUUUAAGAUGUAAACACUUAGUAAUAAGUAGUUCUGCUUUUAAUCAGUUUGUAUAUAUUUGUCAGAGUACACUGACAGCCUGUGUGUGUCCAAAAGAGAUUUCAGAAUGUAUUUAUUGGGUGAUUUAACCUUGACUUUCCUAAUCUGAUUCAGCUUGGAGGACGGAGACCAGGGGUGACAAUCGCUCUCCCAGGGUUAUGUCGGGUCAUUACGUUUGUGUGGAUGUGUGCGUGUGAACGAGCACAUGUGUGCGAGUAAGCCAUUAUUUUUGUGCUAAACGGAGCCCGAGGUCUGAGGUCUCGAGCGUGUAACCUUAGAGCUUCAGUUUGGGCUCAGCCUCCGUUGGUCCGGCGUCACCAGUACUGAUCUGCCCAAUGAGAGACGAGCAGAGAGCACAAGACUCUGAAUGCUUUUUAUUUACAUUUUAAUUUGUUUUUCUUCUUUUUCAUUAUGUUCCUGUUUUCUACUCUACUGCCAUGUUGUGGGGAUUCUACAUGCCAGAUAUUUUUGUUAUAUGGAACGAAAAGACACAUGAUGAUGCCCGAUGUUUUCAUUCAUACCUGUUGCAUACUGUAGCACUACAGUAAAACAUUUUAACCCUA